AUCGUUAAAUAUGCAUCUUUUUUUUAAUCAUUAAAAACAACAAGUAUAAAACCGGUUUUUGUUUGCUUUCACCUUUUAUAAUCAGUUCUUCUUUUGACGUUUAAAAACUUUAGAACAGUGUAUUGAAUUCAUAUAAAAUGUACCGAAUAUUCGAUAGAACUAUUAAAAGUCACUGUAUUAAAAGGAUUCAAUUUAUUAAUACAAAUUCUAUAGCAACAUUUAUAAAACCAACAUUGGAUGAGAUAAAAUCAGCUGGUACUUGGAAAAAUGAAAGAAUAAUUACAUCACCUCAAAGAACAAAAAUCGUAUUAGCAAAUGGACAAGAAGUGUUAAAUUUUUGUGCAAACAAUUAUUUAGGUUUAGCGGAUAACAAAGAAAUCAUUAAUGCAGCUAAAGUUGCAUUAGAUAAAUAUGGAGCUGGUUUGAGUUCUGUUAGAUUCAUAUGUGGAACGCAAGAUUUGCAUAUCGAAUUAGAAAAGAAAAUAGCAACAUUUCAUGAAAGAGAAGCAGCAAUUCUUUAUGCAUCUUGUUUUGAUGCAAAUGCUGGUCUUUUUGAAGCUCUGCUUACACCAGAAGAUGCAGUGUUCAGCGAUGAGCUCAAUCAUGCCUCGAUUAUUGAUGGUAUUCGAUUAUGCAAGGCUAAAAAAUACAGAUAUAAACAUAGAGAUAUGAAUGACUUAGAAAGACAACUUAAGGAAAGUUCCACGUCGCGUUUACGAAUUAUUGCGACUGACGGAGUCUUUUCGAUGGAUGGUACUAUUGCACCAUUGCCAGAUAUAAUCGAGCUUGCAAAAAAGUAUAAUGCUUUUACAUUUGUAGAUGAUUGUCAUGCAACCGGAUUUUUUGGAAAAACUGGUAGAGGAACUGAAGAAUAUUUCAAUCAUUUAGGUAGCAUAGACAUUAUUAAUUCUACUUUAGGAAAAGCUUUAGGUGGAGCAGCAGGUGGUUAUACAGUCAGUAAACAAGAACUGAUUGAUUUGUUAAGACAACGCAGUAGACCAUAUUUGUUUUCAAACUCUUUGCCACCACCUGUUGUAGCAACAGCUAAUAAAGUGAUGGAUCUAAUAACAUUUGAUACAACAUUUUUGAAAAAUGUAGUGAGCAAUACAGAACAUUUUAGAAAGUCAAUGACUGCUGCUGGAUUUACAAUCAAUGGUAAUAAUCAUCCCAUUUGUCCAGUUAUGCUGGGAGAUGCAAAAUUAGCUUCAACUUUUGCUGAUGAAAUGAUUGGAUUAGGAAUUUAUGUAAUUGGCUUCAGUUAUCCCGUUGUACCAAAAGACAAAGCAAGAAUAAGAGUUCAAAUAAGUGCAGCACAUACUAAAGAAGAUAUAGACAAAGCUAUAAAUGCAUUUAUACAUAUUGGACAAAAAUUAUCUGUCAUAUAAUAAUUAAUAUACCCACUUCCAGCAUGUAACUAAUAUUUAAUCAAAUAUUCUUAAUUAUAUGAAAAUAAAAUCAGAUUCAAUUAUGAUUUUGUGCAUUGAACAUAUUUAACAUAACAAUAUUGUUAUUACUAAAGAUAUUAAUUAUAUGAGCAAAAAUAAUAAU